CCGCUAGACCGUUUCCUGAGGUGUAGCAUUUUCUACCGGCAGGUUUAUCAGCGCUAGAUAAGUGUCACAGACGAUAACGUUUAGUCACGAUGGCAUGGCAUCAUUGCCUUUACCAGGUACAAGUUAAUAGAUGCGCUAUGUGAUUGGUAAUCGGGUUCAAAACAGUGAUUCUGGUACAUACCACAGCAUACCGUUUGUAGAGUAUUGUAGAUUUUCGGGCAGGUUGUACAAAGUUAGCUAAUAAUGUUGUUUCUGUAGUGAAUGUGAAUUGAAAGGAAAAAAAUACAUUACUUAGUGGAAUUACAAAUGUGUCGAAAUUAUCUAUGCGUAUGGAAUUAUAUGUGCAAUCAACCUGCAGUCAACAAUAUUUCAACAUUUCAACCGACAAUCGCCAUAAAUCACAAUCGUCAUGCUACGUCAUCUGGUUAAUGUGUUGCGAUUCAUGUUGCAAGCAGUUCGGAAGAAUAUCAAACCACUCAUCUUAAUAGCAUCAUUUCUUACGUUCAUAUGGCUUAUAGCCGACACUGUUCACCGGCCAGAAUUUGUGCGGCACGCCUCGAAACAUUCCUUCCGGCAUGGGAACCGUUCCGAUGGCCAAGAUGAACGAUGGAACCAGCGGUCAGUACAACAGUUUCUGGAUCUACUAGAAAUUGAUUUCAAUGCAACGAGUGGGACCGAAAUAAUGCGAGUUGAAGAAGCAUGCCGUUCGGAAACUACGCUGUUGUUUACAGCGUUUGCUGGAAGUUCGCUGUCGGAACACUUAUGGCAAUACUUCUCGCUCAUAGCCAUCCAAAACAGCUUAAUGUCAGCUACAAGUAGGCAGCGGAUAGAGUUUGUCAUCACCGGUACGGCAUUGACUGAGCUGAGCCAGCUCUUUGUGAGAGUGCCAUACGAAGUGAUUGAUCUCGAUACCAUACGAUGCUAUUACAUUCCGGCAGCGUGUAUAUUAAACAGCAACACACACAUCGACAUAGCAACCGAGAAGAACCAACUGUAUAUACUCAACAACCAGGCUAUACGUUUUGAAGAGAUCCUAAGUGUACCAUGGCAACAGCAAAAACAAUUUUUCAAUUUUCGUCCGGAAACGCUAAACACGGUGCACGAUUUAUUAAAGGAACUGCGCCAUCGUGCAAAACUGUACGGUGAUGAAGAUGAUGUAAACGGUCUGCAAGUUGUCGGUAUACACGUUCGUGAAGACGUUCAGCUACCAUUUGAGUAUUAUUAUCGUGCCAUUACUUUCCAACGAAAAAUGCAUGACUCCGGAAUGCUUCUGUUCGUAGUGGUAUGUGAAAAUCCUAAAGGUGCGGUUUGUGACAUGUUGAACACACAGAACGAACGAAUUGAAGUCAUCGCAGAACAUGAUGAACCUGAUGUCGAUUUUGUACUAAUGAUGCUCUGCAAUCACACCAUUGUUUCGAAUGAACGCGAUAUAUUUCCACCAUUGCUCCGUGGUAUAGGUAAUAAUGUUGUGUUUGGUAAGGAAAACGCUGACAGUCAAUAUGGGAUUGAAUUAGCAAACUAUUUAGAGAACUGGUACAUCAUUGUCUAGUGAAGGACCGUGUUGUAAUUAUAAGGAAAGCAAACAAUCAAUAAAUGAAUGUGGUAUAACUUAUCAUUCUUUGUGAAGGCACAAUA